AUGGCUCGACUGUUUUACGUGUACCUCAAGUUGAAGAUGGCUGGCCCCAGAGGCGUGAUCACAAUCACUGGAAAUCGGCAGAGAGCAGAAGAGUUCCUCCAGAAGGGCUCAAAGAUUGCCGAUGAACAGAUGGCAGCAGUAGAGAUGGAAGAGUACAAGAGGACUGCAGAUCCGAGUGAUUUGUUGCGCCCUAAGAAGCCUGCUUCUGAGUCUGCAUUUCAGUUGUCCGGUGAAACAAAGCCUGUUCACAUCCACCCGACCGAUCCCAAUGCUGCUCCGACUCAUAUAUCAACAAUACUCGACAGCAAAUAG